GCAUUUCUCCUCCCGCCUUAGUCCCUGUCGCCGUCGUGCACAGCGAGCCCGGUCGCCUGCUGGUUGCGCGGCGACGUCGGUAAAUGCCCCCUCGACUCAUCUGACUCAUUUUCCUUUACGCUCUCCCUCGCUCUUCCCCGUUGGCUCUCCGACCGACGGGUGUCUCGCGCUAUGGAGAACAAGGUCUUGCCUGCCGUUCGCGUCCCGACUGUCUCAGCUAGCGACGGAGGCGAUGGAGGUGGCGUGACAGAGACGCCCAUUGUCGACCUGCCGCCCUCUGAAAAAUUCGGCUUUGCGUAUCCUGACCAGCCGAUGAUCGCGCCUAUCUUGUCCGCCAGCGCUCCUGACCCGGAGUCAUCUGAGCCUGAGACGUCUGAGGCAGAGUCGCAAGGGUCAAGUAACACGCCGCCAAUGGCUGGAAUGAGGGAUCCAGCUGACCAUACGCCGGCAAACGAGACGCCAGACUCCAAUCCGACUCCUGUGCCUUCGCCUUCUCCACCACGGCUUUCGCGUGCAUUCUCGAUGCCUUUGCCUUCACAACUUGGCCAUCUCAAGAACCCGCAUCGAACCCCUCCACAGGAGCAAUAUCUCGUGCCACCUUCUCCCCUCGUUCUGGCUCAAUCACCGAACUCUCAUUUACAAGAAUUAUCUGUCGAGCUUGCCGACUCGGUGCAGAUGGUUAUUCAGACUCUCCUGCAGAUAUCGCCACCACAUCUCCUUGAUCCUGCGAAGGAACAAUUUGCCGCCUGUUCCCUUUCUGUGCCAAGCCCUUCUAUUUCCGCCAUGCUCACCGCCAUGAAAAGUCUCAAUUACAUAUCGGCAAAUAUGUCAACACUUGCUGAUGAUCUCAAAAUGCAGCCGGAACUCUCGUCUCAUGGGCGGGAAUCCCCGCCUUUGCUUUCCCCUGCUCAAGAUGACUUCGACACAGGUGAAAUGCUACAGAGUGUGGGAGAUGCCUUGAGUGGCAUUGCAGCAGAGGCCGGUGUUGAGCUCGUUUUGUUUCAUGCAGACGUGGGUAUGAAGCAUGUGAGCGUACGAGGCGACGAGUGUGGGAUUUCCUAUGUGUUAGCACAUAUGGUCCGGCAAAUUUUAGAUGCAUCAAAGCCGGGGGACACGAUUGAAGUCGGCUUACAAGUAAAGCCAGAAGUUGGGGAUUCUAGAGAAGGAAGCCAAGGACCGUCGGGUUCCGAGGGCGGGAGUCGAUCUUCAUCUCGGGCUUCAUCCCUACCUGGAUAUGACGGGCCUCUGCGGUGUACUUUCGAAGUGGGACACAAGUUUGGCUUAUCGGAUGCAAUCCAUGCUAUGGAAAAUAAUCCCCAGAUUACGGCAGGCACCUCACUCUUUCGAGCCAGACCCCGCCUGGACACGCUUCUGUUUCGACGAGUCCUCCAUCGAGUGGGAGGGACCGUUAAGGAGGAUUUGCAACCGAGACUGUUUUCUCCGGGACGUUCAUGCGAGCUUUCUAUCGUGCUUGAGCCAGGUUCGGAAGAUAUCCUGUCUCAAUCGCCGAAAUUAAGCGCUGAGGAGCUGUCCAUGCGACAGCCGUACGCUAGCAUGAAUAUUCAACUUGCUUCCGAACCGACUUUAGAAGAGCUAAACCAAUUCGUGGAGCAGUUGAAAGGGAAGAAAGUUGCUCUGCACGCGAGUGCGAGGGGCUCUUUCGCGCAUCAUUUGACAAGUUAUUUAACUGCUUGGGGUCUUGACGUGAGCCAUAUGACAAUGACAGCCUCGGAGGAUGAUUUGUCGGAUAUUGUCUCUGCGGGCACAGCAGUGAGCUCCGACGAUGGGCGCCAUCGGAUAUCGCCAACAGUCAAGAUGACCGACUCACCGGUUCCAAUCGAGGUCAAUCCCGUAGAGGAGCAAUUACGUGAGAAGUCAACGAAUGAAAGCGCUGCAUUCGUUAUUAUUGACGACGACGUGGGUGCUCUGCGAAAUCGCUUGGUGCAAAUGCGCUCGGAGGCUCCCUUCAACCUAAGUCUGACGCAGCGUCCCAAACUGUCUGCUCACCACAGGCCAAAAUCUUCUCCACAGAUAUUCCGUACAAAAGUUGUUAAGCCAACAUUUAGCCCACAACAGUCCGCAUUCCACCCUGUGAUCAUUCAUUUUACCAGCCUACAGAAUUAUCGGCUAGUAAAGGACGUGAUACACACCAUUCUCUCAACGCCAAACCCGUCUAACUUUAUUCCCGAAAUUAUCGUACUACCUAAACCAGCCGGUCCACGCCGGGUUCUUACUGCAUUACGGACGGCUGUAGUCAAGCCAAUUGUCGAUCCUUUCUUUUCACCGAUAGCAACGUCACCGAUGAGUCCCACUGGCCAAGGAAUCAAUCCAUUCUCCCCGUUUGGACCCGGUUCAAGUCCGUCACAGAAAUCCAGUCGCCCACCCAUCAGUCCAAGGACUGCAUCGGAUCGCUCAUCUCGAUCAUCAAAAGACCUGGUUGAGCACGUUCCUCGUUUACCUCCCUCGCCUCUUCGCGAGUCGGACAGCUUGGAGUAUUUCUCGGAAGCAGCAGAGAAAUUAGGCACCUCUCCAAGCUCGGGCCUUGUAAUUCAAAGUCCCGACGGGCAGCCCGCUGGAAUUUUCUUUCACCCACGAGGUGCUGGAUCACGCUUUCAACGGACGGACACUGGUGCGACUCUCGUGAAUCCACCUAAUUUGGUGCGGGAUAGUGGAAAUUUAAGGCCUCCGGGUGAAGUUCGACGGUCUAUUUUGCAGCGGCGCGGCACUUCACAGGUACACGAGGGUGAUAUGUCUCCAGGCGAACGUCCUAAGCCGUUCAGUCGGCCGAAAGCUCCUGCGCGUAACCGGAGCGGUCUAGCAUACUUUGGUGACAUUGGCGGCACAACUCCUUCCGAGGUGAAUAUGCCAGACUCACCUGGGCAGCACUGGGUUCGGACACUCGACGAAUUAGCGCCGCCUCCCGAGAUUACAAGUACGGCCCCAACGCCGCCUGUCGGCACUUCUCUUGGCGAUGACAGACCUUCAACCCAACCAAGCCCUAGUAUCGCUUCCGAUAGGAAAUCCAUGAGUCUGCCCACCUCGCCUGCUUCAAAUAGGACUGUCUCCCCACCAUCAGCGGGCACGAAGCGCAGCUAUAGUCGAAGAGGGCCAGCAGAUUCUCCUGGCACUUCAGGCACUCCGGUCCCUAGGAAAGGAAAAACAAGCGAUGGCAAUAUCGUACCUCCUGUAAAUGUGCUCAUAGUAGAAGAUAACCCAAUCAACCAGACGAUUCUUUCCACGUUCAUGAGAAAGAAGAAAAUCAAGUACGAUGUGGCAAAGAACGGAGCGGAGGCUGUUGCAAAAUGGAAGACGGGAGGUUUCCACCUGAUAUUGAUGGAUAUCCAAAUGCCUGUCAUGGACGGAAUAGAGGCUACGAAGGAAAUUCGUCGAUUAGAACGACAGGUACUCGGGAACACUUUUGCUUCAACUCCGCCUCUGGACGGCGAGCAGACACCCUCGGAUGCAGCUUCGACGGAUUCAAAGCUGAGCAUGCAUACACCGUUCAGGUCAUCUGUCAUCAUAGUCGCCUUAACUGCGUCGUCGUUGCAAACGGACCGUGUAGCUGCCCUAGCAGCAGGUUGUAAUGACUUUUUAACGAAGCCCGUGUCUCUGCUCUGGCUCAACAACAAGAUCAUCGAGUGGGGUUCGAUUAAGGCCCUGCAGAUGUGGGCAGACCUGAGACCUGAAGUUAUGAAGAAUAUCUCUUCGGGGCAGGUCAACCAAGCGAAAAAUGUUGCCAGUAAACUGCACGUUCCGGAACACCGUAGGACCCACUCCCCACCAUUGGUGAAGCAAACUCCGAAGGGUACUAAGAUACGCGUCUGAUAAACUCGACAAGCUGUGUGACUCACGUGAUGUAACCUUACCUUCCUAAUGCAGCCUCCACAAUGAGCACGAAACUCGUCCAUCCAGAGACCCAAAACUCAAAAAGUAGCACCAUUGAUUUGUUGUAUUAAGCCUUCUCUACAAGAUGAUGGAACAGAAUUUUUUAAAAG